AUGACACCCGGAGUUCACGAUGAUUCAGAAAACAAUUGUGGAAGAUCGGAGCCUGCGAGGGCAAGACCCGUGAUAAAAAGUGAAAACACAUGGGAGGACGCCUCCUAUCAGGGUGACGUCUGCUCUUCCGCUGAACUCACAAAUCCAGCAACAGCAGAGCCUGAGUUUAAGGAGAUAAAAAAGGAGCCAUCUGAGGUAGACACAGUGACUGAGCCACAAGGAGCACAUGAAAACGGAAGUGAAUUGGUCACGGAUAUUCGGAAGAAGAGUUCAGAUGUGAGCCAGUGCAGAGAUCAGCAGUCUGCGUUUACCGAGAGCUCCGUGGCUCCGGCCACCCAGUCGUCCGUCGUCGGAGCCGGGACGCACCACAUCCGGUGGAUCUCACUCGCCCAAUCAGAGCUUCAAGGUGGGCGUCCUACGCCCACGCCUCAGACCAACGCAGAGGCUGCUGGGAAGAACAUGGGUCGAAACGUCGCCUCCCAAAAAAACGUGAGGGUUCAUGGCCUGAGGAGCUCGGCGACUGCCAAGAGGUUUGCUUGCUCGCAGUGUGGCAAGAGUUUCCGGUGCUUCAGCCAGCUUGAAAUACAUGGGCGGAGUCACACGGGCGAGAAGCCAUUCAGGUGUGCGCUGUGCAGUAAACGAUACGCGCAGAAAGGCCACCUGUACACGCACCAGCGCACACACACUGGGGAGAAGCCUUACCGCUGUCCCGUCUGCGGAAAGGGCUUCAUUCAGAAAUGCACCCUCGACAUGCAUCAGCGCACUCACACGGGGGAGAAACCCUUUGUUUGCGUCAAAUGCGGCAAGGGAUUUACGAAGAACUGUAAUCUCAAGAAACACCUGGCGGUACAUUUAGACCCGAGUGUGCAGGCAUAUCGUAGUGAAAUCUCAAAUAGGCCUACCUAUAUUUAGCGUGAGGAAGGGGGUGCACAUGAAACCGCCUCAGACGUGGCUGUCAAUCAGUUUUCAUUUUGUCACGUGUUUUAGUCGAACUGUUUUUAGGCAUAAUAAAGUUUGCUUUGCAUCUGGGUGUGAGCGGCUGGGGACCGGGGAUGCUGCAUAGCCCCCCCCCCCCCCGGAAAAGAUGCAGAUUUGCUUGUAUGAUAAUUUAUGAUGUCACUUUAGUGGGUUCUCUUUCCUUUUCUUAUGAUUGCAUGUACACAUUUCAAUUCUGAUAGCCCACCUUUGAGAGUAAUGGCCACCCCAUCCACACUGCCCAAUGCAGAUAUUCCCUCGGCCAUAGCUAUAACUAACCUAACUCCCAUUAAAAAUAACCUGCUGUAUGUUGGGUAAUUCAAUCCUUUCUUGUGAACUGAAUGUUUUGAACAGAAUGAGUUGCAGCCCCCAUGGUCCCCCCAGAUCGUUUGAAUAAAUUACACAAGUUGAAGGU